UGUGCUUCUCCAGACAGUGAGAUCCGUCGUAGAGUAGACACCUGUGACGCGGUAUCUAAAAUAAUCUUGGACAAUGCAACCACUUAUCUUCAGAAUAAAGAUAACGAAGAUGUUCAGAGAGAGGAUUUAGUCUGGCCUGAGUCUAGUUCAGUGUUUUCAUCUUCAGCUUCUCAAGGCAAAGGUAAGGGCUCUCAAAGAAGUUUAAGCUCUGCAAGCAGUUCCAGCAUAAAGUCAUGAAAGUCAAGCCUUUCCUCCAUGAAGAGACAAGAGGCCGUAGCAGAGCUGGCUGCCAUACAAGCUGCACUAAAGGUCCUGCAGGAGAUAGAAUAUGAACAGCAAGAACUUGAAAGCCUUGAAGAAGAAGAUAGAAAGAGGACUGCAUUACAAGAGGAAGAAAAUGUGGCAAGAAAGAAAGCACUGGAAGAGAAGCGCAGACAAAUAGAGCGCUUACAGACUGUUAAGAAGCUAAGUGCGGCAAAAGCAUGGCUCCAAGUUUAUGAACAAGAUGCAAGCUCAGAUGAGGAAAUAACAGAGUUACUUCAUAACCACGCAGCUCAGCAACAUAGAUCUCCAGGAGCUAUAAGGAGUCCACGUGAGCAUCCUGUGAUACACCAAGCAGAUAGUGUCACAGUCCUCGCUGAAGCAAUAGCAGAGUCUAUUAAUGUAAGCCGUCUCCCAGCACCUGAACCGUCUGUCUUCAUGGGAGACCCACUAAGAUACAAUGAUUGGAAGAUGUCAUUUCAAACCCUAAUAGGCAGGAAAAACAUUCCAGUAAAUGAAAGGGUCUAUUACCUUCGUAAAUAUGUUGGUGGACCUGCAAAAAGGGCCAUUGAAAGUUAUUUCAAAAUGCAAUCAUGGUAUUCAGACAUGCUGGAAAUUCAAGGAAAGACCAGUUGAAGAACGUGUUAAAUUUGUUCAGACAAAGAAGUUGUGCUUUGGAUGUUUACAACCAGGACAUCAUUCAAGGACCUGCAAAAGGAGGAGUGUUUGUGAAACAUGUAAGGAAAAACACCCAACAUGUUUACAUGAAGAUCACGAAAGAGCAACCAGAAGAGAGAAAAGCAGUGAUGAGCAUGGGGAGAGUGUAAAAAACUCAAAAUAUGCUAAGUCAACGAAAGGAACAGAGAGCAAACACACUCCUGAACCAUCAAGUGAAGCUACAUCAAACAGAGUAGUGCAAGGCAUGGACAGCAUGUACUCCUCUACAGUUGUCCCAGUUUGGUUAUCUACAUCAAGUAACCCAGAGAAUGAAAUUCUUGUAUAUGCACUACUUGACAACCAAAGCGACACCACAUUCAUUAUGCAAGAUAAGGCAGAAGCUCUGGAAAUGAAAGGGGAGGCUGUGCAGUUAAAAUUCUCCACACUUUCAUCCAGAAAUACAAUCAUCCCAAGUCAGAGGUUAGUUGGACUGCAGGUGAGAGGUUUCUAUUCAUCAAAGAAGAUUUCUCUCCCUGUAACCUAUUCAAGAGAGUUCAUCCCUGCCAAUCUAAGUCACAUUCCUACACCAAAAACGGCAAGAGCUUGGCCACACCUAGAGCAUCUUGCUGAGGAGAUUGCUCCAUCGAUUGAGUGUGAUGUAGGGCUUCUCAUAGGAUACAACUGUCCACAGGUUUUGCUACCCCGAGAGGUUGUCCCAGGUAAAGACAAUGAGCCAUUUGCUCAAAGGACAGCUCUUGGAUGGAGCAUAGUCGGUUGUGUUAGCCCAUGUGUCGACUAUGGUGAUGCUAUAGGAAGCAGUCACAAGAUUGUCAUGAAGUCAGUGAAACCUCAUCUCCAGACAUCUAAGAAGCUCACAAAUGAAGUGAAAUACAUAUGUCGAACCCAAGUUAAGGAGUUCAUUUCACCACCAGAUGUGCUGAGGAUGCUUGAGUCUGACUUCAGUGAGAGAAGAGUGGAGGAUGCUAAUUUAUCCCAGGAAGAUUUGCGUUUCCUAACCAUAAUGGAAGAAGGAAUCAGAAUUAAAGCAGAUGGUCACUGUGAAAUGCCGCUUCCCUUCAAGAAAGAUCGACCAAAUCCCCCAGACAAUAAGGCAUGUGCAGUUCACAGGCUCCGAUGCUUGAAAGGAAGAUUUGAAAAAGACAAACAAUACCAAAAGGACUACACAACCUUUAUGAGUGAAAUCAUAACAAAUGGAGAUGCAGAAAAGGUCCCAAUAGGAGAAAUUAACAACAGUCCUGUGUGGUACAUUCCUCAUCACGGGGUGUAUCACCCACACAAGCCAGGAAAAAUACGGGUUGUGUUCAACUGCUCAGCAAGAUUUGAAGGCGUGUCAUUAAAUGAUUACCUUCUCACUGGACCAGAAUUAACGAACAGCCUGAUAGGUGUUCUCUGCCGCUUUCGCAAGGGACAAGUUGCUAUAAUGUGUGAUAUUGAGCGUAUGUUCCAUCAGUUUCACGUCAAAGCAGAGGACCAGGACUACUUGAGAUUUCUCUGGUGGGACGAUGGGAACUUCCAGGCUCAACCAUCUGUCUAUCGCAUGCGAGUGCACCUAUUUGGAGCUGCCUCCUCCCCUGGUUGUGCAAACUUUGGGUUGGAACAUGUUGCCACCCAAGGACAUGGUCACUACAGUGAAACAACCAUUCAGUUCAUUGAACGAAACUUUUACGUGGACGAUGGGCUCACAAGUGUCGCAACCAAGGAUGAAGCCAUCAAGUUAGUAAAGGAAGCAAGGCAACUCUGCAGUGCUGGCAAACUGCGAAUUUACAAAUUCAUUUCCAACAAUCAUGAGGUACUUACAUCCAUUCCAGAGAGUGAACGUGCAGAUUCAGUACGAAAUCGUGACUUGGUUCUUGGUGAGUCCCAAAUUGAGAGAGCUCUGGGAAUCAAAUGGUGCAUUGUUUCAGACCAGUUCUGUUUCAGAGUGAUUGUGGAUGAGCGCCCACUUUCUAGAAGAGGAGUCUUAUCAACUGUGGCAUCCAUCUAUGACCCUCUUGGCUUUGUGGCACCAUUUGUUCUGGUUGGAAAGCAAAUACUCCAACAGAUGUGUCAAGACAAGGUUGGAUGGGAUGAGCCACUGUCAGAAGAGCUCAAACCACGGUGGGAGUCUUGGCUGUUAGAUUUAAAGAACCUGGCUGACAUCAAAAUUCAGCGCUGUUAUCUCCCAGAAGGUUUUGAGAAAGUUGAAAGAUAUGAGCUGCAUCAUUUCUCAGAUGCGAGUGUUAAAGGGUAUGGUGAAUGUUCUUACUUGAGAGCAAUCAGUGUUUCAAACCAAGUCCACUGCUCUUUAGUUAUUGGCAAAGCCAGGGUGACUCCUACAAAGGUCACCACAGUACCCAGGCUUGAGCUAUCAGCAGCAGUUAUUGCUGUGCGAACGAGUGACCUGCUUAAAAGGGAGUUGGAAGUUCAAGCCAAAGAAUUCUUCUGGACAGAUUCGAAGGUUGUUCUUGGAUACAUCAACAAUGAUGCUAGAAGGUUUCACAUAUUUGUGGCAAAUCGUAUUCAGCGUAUCCAAGAAGGUUCCAAUCCAGACCAAUGGAGAUAUGUGACUUCUGAGAACAAUCCUGCUGACCAUGCAUCACGGGGUCUGACAGCAAAGGGACUAAUUACUUCCAACUGGUUCACUGGUCCAGAUUUUCUCUGGCAGGAUAAACUUCCUGCUGAUGACAUUAAGGUGGGAGAGUUGGGAGCUGAAGAUCUAGAACUUCGUAAGACUUUUGUCCAUAAGACACUGACCACAAAAGAUUCGUUGCUCAAUCAUUUCUCAAGGUUCUCAAACUGGAUAAGGCUAGUUAAAGCCAUUGCACGACUCAUGCGAUGUGUCAAAGAGCUCAAGGGUCUGAUGUGCAGAACAAACGAAGUCACCAGUCUUGAGGAGAGGAAAGAGGCAGAGUUUUUCAUCAUAGCUACUGUCCAAAACGAACUGUUUUCCGAAGAAAUCAAAGAUCUGAAAUUGAAGGAGACAAUAACAAGAGAUCGUGCAAAUAGGCUGCACAAACUGAAUCCCUUCUUGGAUGAAAAGGGUGUGCUAAGAGUGGGAGGUCGGCUGGAGCAUGCAGAUUUACACCCACACAUCAAACAUCCAGCGAUCCUGCCGAGCAAAACCCACAUAUCAAGGUUACUGAUUGAACACUUCCAUCAAAAGGUUCAUCACCAGGGACGUGGGAUGACUAUGAAUGAGCUGCGAUCAAAUGGCAUUUGGCUAUUAGGAUGUAGUCACGCAGUGUCUUCCUACAUCUACAAGUGUGUCAAAUGUAGGAAAUUCAGAAGGAAUGCUGAAGUACAAAGAAUGGCAGAUUUACCGCGUGAAAGAGUUGAAACAUCGCCUCCCUUUUCCUAUUGUGGAAUGGACUGCUUUGGCCCGUUUUACGUUAAGGAGGGAAGAAAGGAACUUAAACGCUACGGUCUGCUAUUCACAUGUCUGUGCUCUCGUGCUGUGCAUAUAGAGCUGCUCGACGACAUGACCAGUGAUCUUUAUUAAUGCUCUUCGAACCUUUAUCGCCAUACGUGGAA